AUGUUUAAUUUUAAAGUACAUGGACAGCCGCUAGGGCUUGUGACAAUUUUCAUAGCAGCACUAUCCUCCGUUGGAGGUAUGGUUUUUGGUUAUGAUAUUGGUAUGAUAUCAGACAUGCUUCUCAUGAGGGACUUCCUCGAGCGAUUUUCGGACAUUCAAGAGGGAUGUGAUGCUAAUGGUAUGAACUGCGAGACUUACGAGUUUUCCCGAGUCAGAGAGGGUCUUAUCGUUGGUCUUUUGUCGAUCGGUACCUUUGGUGGUGCUCUUCUUGGUGCUCCUCUCGCGGACUUUUUAGGGAGAAGAUGGGCCAUGACGAUCGAGUGUAUCGUAGUCAGUAUUGGAUUCCUCGUACAGAUCACUACAUUUGAAGUGUGGCAGCAAUUCGCAGUCGGUAGACUGAUAGCUGGUCUGGGUGUUGGUGCUUUAUCAGCAGCGGUACCAAUGUACAUGUCCGAGUGCGUCGUAGCUUCUUUCAGAGGUACAGCGGUUGCUUGCUACCAACUUGCCAUUACAUUUGGUAUGCUUUUGGCAUAUUGCUUUUGUUACGGUACCCGCCAGCUAGACAGUGACGCGAGUUGGAGAAUCAUCGUUGGUCUUGGUUAUGCACUCACUUUCACGCUCGGUUUCCAGGUGGAAUCACCACGUUGGCUCAUGAAAAACGACAGAACCGACGACGCAAGAAAUGCGCUCGAAAGAAUUAGAGGUAUCAAGACAGACUAUGAUAGAGCUGUUGUUGAGCAUGACUACCGCGAAAUUGAAACAAAUAUCAACAUGGAGAGGGAGAAUGACGCUCCAUUCUGGCAGUCGUGGAUUGAAUGUUUCGUCGGCUCUCCUGGCUCGAAGAAAUUGGCCUACAGAACCUUCCUUGGAAUGAUGAUGCAAAGUCUGCAACAGCUGACUGGUGCCAACUACUUCUUCUACUACGGUGCCACUAUCUUCCAGUCGGUUGGUAUCGAAGAUUCUUACAUUACACAAAUUAUUAUGGGUGUUGUGAACUUUGUUUGCGUCUUCUUCAGUCUUUAUGUGCUAGAACACUAUGGACGUCGUAGACCACUUUACAUUGGAGGUUUAUGGCAAAUUGUCUCCGAGAGUAACUGCAUUUUGCUAACUGCUAUAAAGAUUUGGCUGCUUAUUUUCGCCUCCGUCGGUGUUUGUCGCCCUCCAAGCGAAUACGAAGGUAUGGGAGAUCUCAUGAUUGUCUCAGCUUGCUUGUUCAUUGCCAGUUACGCCACUACUUGGGGUCCAGCUUGCUGGAUUGUCACUGGUGAGACGUUCCCAACGAGAACAAGAGCAAGACAGGCAUCGCUGGCGACGGCUUCGAACUGGACGUGGAACUUCCUUAUCUCCUUCUUUUCGCCAUUCAUCACUGGUGACAUUGGCUUCGCUUACGGUUACAUCUUCGCUGGCUGCAAUCUCUUCGCGUCAGUCUUUGUCUUCUUCUUCCUCUACGAAACCGCAGGUUUAUCGCUCGAGAAUGUGGACAUAAUGUACUCCACGAAGGGCUUGACAGCCUGGGCAAGCGAGAAGUGGGUCCCACCCGGUUACAAUUCCAGGAGAGAUGUCAUGGAGGCCAACAAGAUGGAUAUCUAUGGUAAUCCGGAAAAUAUCGAGCAUUCUGACAAUGUCGAUCACUCUGAUAAGAGAUUCGAGAGCGAUGAAAACUCGCAAGCUUCAGGUCACCGCGAGUAUACAUCGAAGAAGGAAUCAGCUUAG